UAUAUUGCGUACAUGGGAGCUCUUCCUUCAAAAGCUUCUUACUCUCCUAUGUCUCACCAUCAGAAUAUCCUUCAAGAAGUUAUCGAAUCAAGUUCCGUUGAAGAGUCUUUGGUUAGAAGCUACGGAAGAAGUUUCAAUGGUUUUGCAGCCAGACUUACUGAAUCUGAAAGAGAUAAACUUAUGGGCAUGGACGGUGUGGUUUCGGUUUUUCCAAAUACCAAUUAUAAGCUUCUUACAACAAGAUCUUAUGAGUUCAUGGGACUUGGUGACAAGAUCAAGCAUGCCCCUAAUGUUGAGAGCAAUAUAAUAAUUGGUGUAAUCGACACCGGAGUCUGGCCUGAAUCCAAGAGUUUUUCAGAUAAAGGCAUCGGGCCAAUACCAAAAAAAUGGAAAGGAACUUGUUCAGGAGGAGCUAAUUUCACAUGCAAUAGGAAGUUAAUUGGAGCACGAUACUAUGUGCAGAAUUCAGCAAGAGACACUGACGGUCAUGGGUCACACACGGCUUCAACAGCCGCAGGAAACAAAGUAAAAGGAGUGAGUGUCAACGGUGUGGCACAAGGAACUGCGAGAGGCGGUGUGCCUUUAGGUAGAAUUGCUAUUUACAGAAUUUGCGAGCCAGCAGGAUGUAAUGCCGCGUCAAUGUUAGCUGCGUUUGACGAUGCUAUAGCGGACGGAGUGGAUGUUAUAACCAUUUCUAUUGGAGGAGGUGUUACUAAACUUGAUAUUGACCCUCUCGCUAUUGGAUCAUUUCACGCGAUGCGCAAAGGGAUUGUUACCACAGCUGCUGCCGGGAAUGAUGGCCCUAAACUUGAAAAAGUGAUUAACAUUUCACCGUGGCUCAUAACCGUUGCAGCAGGUACAAUUGAUAGAAAGUUUGUUACUAAUGUGGUUACUGGAGAAGGCAAAACCAUACCGGGAAGAUCGAUCAAUGACUUUGACUUAAAAGGGAAGAAGUAUCCGUUGGCAUACGGGAAAACUGCCUCAAAUACCUGUCCAGAAGAGAAAGCAAGGGCUUGCGCCAGUGGUUGCCUGAACACGGUACAAGGAAAGAUUGUUGUGUGCGACAAUUCAAACAAUGUUAUGGAACAAAAAGCCGCAGGUGCAGUUGGAACUAUCCUUCAUGUAACCAAUGUUGAUACUCCUGGUCUUGGUCCUAUUGCGGUUUCAACCUUGGAUGAUACCAAUUAUGAAGCAUUACAUUCUUACGUUCUCUCCUCACCAAACCCGCAAGGAACUAUAAUGAAGAGUGGGACAGUUAAAGACAAUGAUGCUCCCAUAGUUGCUUCUUUCUCUUCUCGUGGUCCGAACAUUCUCUUUAGUGAUAUCUUGAAGCCGGAUAUAACAGCUCCAGGAGUAAAUAUAUUAGCAGCAUAUACACCAGUGGCUGGAACCGCGCUUCCAGGACAAAGCGUGGAUUACUAUUUCAUGAGUGGAACAUCAAUGGCUACCCCUCAUGCCGCAGGUGUAGCUGCCUAUGUCAAGACGAUCCAUCCUCAUUGGACCACUUCUGCUGUCAAAUCUGCUAUCAUGACUACCGCUUGGGCAAUGAACCCUUCGAAAAAUGCAGAAGCUGAGUUUGCAUAUGGAUCAGGAUAUGUUAACCCUUCAGUAGCAGUUGAUCCAGGACUUGUUUACGAAAUACCUAAAGAGGAUUACUUGAACAUGCUUUGCUCUAUGGACUACUCAUCCAAAGGACUUAGUACUAUUGUGGGCGGUAACUUCACUUGUUCUGAAAAAUCUAAGAUUAGCAUGAGAAACCUCAACUACCCAUCAAUGACAGCCAAAGUUUCAGCCUCAUCAUCUUCUGAUAUAACUUUUUCAAGAACCGUCAAAAACGUUGGGAAAAAGAGAUCCACUUACAAGGCAAAACUGUCUGGGAAUCCCAAACUCAGCAUCAAGGUUAAGCCAGAGACUCUCUCUUUCAAGUCACUGGGGGAGAAGAAGUCUUACACCGUUACAAUAUCAGGCAAGAGUCUUGCUGGUAUUUCUGGUAUUGUGUCUGCGUCUCUGGUCUGGUCGGAUGGUUCACACAAUGUGAGAAGUCCUAUUGUUGUGUACACUUAGGCAUGCAUCAAUCUCAUUUUGAAGACAAUAAUUGCAUGUAUUUGAUGUUAAAUAAAUUUUAGUUUGUUGGGUUCUAUUUUGUUUUACCUUUCAUG